AGAGCUUCUUCUCAGCUGAUUUGAACCAGGAUGGCAGAAGAUGGAGACUCUGGUUUAUCUCUACGGGCGGAGAGGAAAGCUUUAGAAAAAGCCAAAAUACUGCAGCGGGAGAGCGAAAGGAAGACUUUUAGACUGGUCGGACGGGUCCUGAAGAAACCAGAGUGUGAGCGUUCAGAGGAGGAGGCCGCCGUGUUACUGCUGCACAGGGACACCGUGGAGGAGCUCUGCAGGAGACAAGUCCGCAGAAAUGUGCUCAAGAGGAAGCAGGAGGAGGUGUUUGACGAUGCAGAUGAGCUGAAAAAUAAAGUCAGACAGCUUGCUGAUGCAGUCAAACACGCAAAAAACCUGGUUGUUUACACUGGAGCUGGCAUCAGUACGGCAGCCUCCAUCCCAGACUACAGGGGUCCUAACGGUGUGUGGACACAACUACAGAAAGGACGGACAGUCAGCUCAUCUGACUUGAGUAAAGCUGAGCCAACACUCACACACAUGUGCAUCAAGAUGCUGCACAAGGAAAAACUGGUAAAGCAUGUCGUUUCUCAAAACUGUGAUGGGCUCCACUUGCGCAGUGGACUGUCGAGACAGGCCCUUUCUGAGCUUCAUGGAAACAUGUUUAUUGAGGUGUGCACAUCCUGUUCUCCAGUCAGAGAGUAUGUGCGUUUAUUUGACGUUACAGAGCGGACAUCACUGCACAGACACGGGACAGGUCGCAGGUGUAGACACUGUGGAGCUGAACUCAGGGACACCAUCGUGCACUUUGGAGAACGUGGGACACUGGAGCAGCCUCUCAACUGGAAGGGUGCUGCAGAUGCUGCCAAGAUGGCCGAUGUUAUUCUUUGCUUGGGUUCCAGUCUAAAGGUGUUAAAGAAAUAUGCCUGUCUGUGGUGCAUGAACAAACCAGCAAGCAGACGGCCUCAACUCUACAUCGUCAACCUCCAGUGGACUCCAAAAGAUGAUCUGGCUGUGCUGAAAAUAAAUGGCAAAUGUGAUGACGUCAUGAAACUCCUAAUGGAGGAGCUGGGGAUUCAGAUUCCUGCGUAUGAUCGGGAGGAGGACCCCAUCUUCAGUUUAGCGACACCUCUGCUGCCAGAAGAGGCUACCAGCUGCACUCGGGAGGUCAUAGUGCCCCCAAACGGGCAGGACAGUUUACCAGACUGCAGCGAGCAGGUAGAGGGAGCCAGAGCUGUGCAGGGUGGCUGGUUUGGACGAGGUUAUGGCAAAGGGAGAAAGAAGAAAAAAGCUGCAUAGUCUUAAAGACACAUGGACAUUUGUAAAGUUACUAAUCCCAGUAACGGAUUUAAAACUUCUGUCUUACCACGAGGAUGAAAUCGAUUCCAGGGUGCUGUUAUGUCUCACUUUCAUUUAGCCAAAAGCAAUUUAUGUAUAUAUGGUCUUGGGUGUGUCUGUGUGUGUGAAAGAUAGAGAAAUAUGGUUGUGAUUUUGUAAACUGUACUUCUGUAAACAGCAUCAGCCUAAAAUCUUGUACAACCUUUAGAUUAAAGUAUCAGCAAGACCUAACAGUGAAAUGAAAACUUAGCUAAAGGUGUUAAAGCUUAGGGGUGGGCUUCUAAUACAAAUCAUUUUCUGUCAAACUCAGCAGAUACCUUUGCACAAUCUGCUAGCUGACUACUCUUUGUGUUUGUUAAAAAAAUACAGGGUUUGUUUAAAGUCCUGACAUCUGAAAUAUAAAAUAAGUGGUGCUCAGUGCAAAAACACAAGAUAAGGUGUUUAACAAGUUCUGAAUUGGUGCAUUACAGUAAGUAGUUUAACAUGCAACAUGCUGCUACAUUUAACAUUAUCUACAGUAGAUGUUAACAGAAUCACUGACGUCUAAAGUUACUGUAUGUUAGCUCAUUCAAAGUUAUGCAGUGUUUGAUUUUAAAAUAAUCAAAAUAUCUACAGCAGGAAACCAAUGGCAAGUUUCUGUUUUUCAAGCUGCAAAACUUCAACUGAUGAAACAUUUUAAAUAAUUAAACUGGUCGAUCAGUUUCUACACGCAUUGUUAGAGAACAAUAUUUUUGUAGUCCACCAUGUGUUUUAAAAUGUUGCUGAAUGUAGCUUCUUUGCUUUUCUGUUUCCUUUUAAUACAUUUGUUUACUUAAAUUAUUUACCGAAACUUACAGCCUACCUUCCCUUGGCUGUCACCCCUCCUCAGGUUUGCAGACUCUGUAGUACAACUACUACUGUACCUUUGUUUACUGAAGUUGGUGAAUUAUCCUAUGUUUACAUAUUGAUCUUGAUGCAGGCACACAGCUGCUGUCAUUAUUUUUGUCUACAGAAGAAUUUUGAAUCUUAACUUAAAUUUUGAAAAUGUCUCUUUUUGUUAUGUUAAAGUUACUGUUUACUUGAGUGAUUGCAAUGCAUGUCUCCCUUAAAAAUCUCAGGAAAACUCAGUGUAAAUAAUAAGCUCAUAAUGUUCUGGUUCAUGGUGUCAGAUGUUAAUGAUGCAGGACUAGCCAUUAGGAAACAGUGUUCAGUAUUCUUAAUACCAAAACCCAAGAUGGGACAUGGAUACUUGUGGUUUUCAGUGUAUUUUGUUGAAAAAAAGUGAUUGUUAUAUUUGUGACCCAAUAA